CUGGAUACACGAUGAAGCGAUCGAACGAUUUCUCGAUUAUCGAAUGCGUCUAACGUUCUAGUUCCAAAUUUCCGUUAGAUUAGCAGCUACUUACGUUCGUUACAAAACGAACAAAUUUACCAUUUGUUCGUCGUAUCGGUAUUGUAAAUAAAAGAGAAUAUUCACGGUGCAAUGGUUUAUCGCCCAUAUGAUAAAGGAGGAAACGAAAAUUUCUCCUAGGAUACUCGAAUGACGCUGAUCGCAUAACGAAUUAUGUGUUUCAUGCUGUAGCUCGGUUCAUUGACUUUAUUUUUGUUGAAUUAUCGUACUGCCCCCAUUGAAAACAGUUUGAAAAAUUACAAUCGAUAAUUAUAAUAUUCAUUCUGUGAUCGUAGAAUAAGACGAAAAACACGUGAAAGUUCGUCUAGCGUAAAAUGGAUCAUUAUAAUCAAUUAUGCGUUAAAAAAUAUUUAAAUUUUACUAUGGAUACGAUACAAUUCAAUGUAAAUUAAGUGGAUACCGGCAUCCGCGUAUUUUUCUAGCAGUAAAUUUUCUUUUAAACAUGUGAUAUUUUUUGUCUCGACACUCUUUCGAGCAAUACAUUUAAAUAAUGGUGUUCUGGAUUGUUACUCUGGUAGCAAUCAUUUUGCAUUUCAGUUCUGUGCAUACCAAACCAGAAUCUCAAGGUUAUUGUGCACCUUAUAGCGGAAAGAUAUGCAAGAAGUAUUUAGCUGGUAUUGGAAAAGUAUGGUUUAACGAUUCUAACAAUAAUCCCGGAGGAUUGUUAAAUGAACAGAUCACAACCAAUUUAUGGGAAGAAUUGAUACAAAAACUGUUUGAACCAUGUCGUUCAGCAGCAGAGAAAAUGCUAUGUAUGUAUGCCUUUCCACAAUGUCACAAUUCGGUUGGUCUACCAUUGUGUUACGAAGACUGCAUGGCAGUACGUCAUCAAUUUUGUUUUAAUGAUUGGGCAAUGAUAGAAGAUAACAAACAGAGGGAGAUUUAUAUCAGAUCACGGGGACAUUUUACAUUGCCAGAAUGCGAAUCACUACCAAAAGUAGUCAAAGGAAAAAUGACCUGUUCUCACAUUCAUUUGACCGAUAUGAACGAAGACCAUGUUACAUAUAACUGUGUUAAAGGCAAUGGUCGAUUUUAUUUGGGGAACGUAAAUAAAACAAAGUUUGGCUUGGAUUGUCAGUCAUGGGAUGCACAAAUUCCGCAUAGUCAUGAUAGACCGCCGGACGUUUUUCCCCAAAUUCGAAAUGGAAAAAACUAUUGUAGGAAUGCGGGAGGAGACGAACCAAUGCCAUGGUGUUUCACCAUGGAUCCUCAGAUACGAUGGCAGCAUUGUGAUAUUCCUAUAUGCGGUAUGCAGUUAGUGUCACAAAAAAAAAAAAAAAACAUAAUUGUAUUUAUCAUUUUAUUUUUAUUUUUUUCCAACUUAGAUAAUGUAAGUAAAGUACUAGAGAUCGAUCCAAAAGACUUAACAAUGGAUACAUUGUUUACUCCAAUGUUUAUAUUGGUAUUAUCUUCGUUGGGAUUGGUUAUUAUAGCUGGUACCAUAUUAUCGAUUAUUUUAAGUCAUAGACUUCACAAACGACAUCAAGGAUAUAACCCAACGAAUAAUCAGUAUAUCACUAUUGAUUUGGACAAAUUGCCGAGCAACAAUGCAUACCAUAAGACGAGUGCACAGCUUAAUCCCAAAUUGGAGAAACUUGAAUUUCCAAGAAAUAACGUUAUUUACGAGCGAGAUUUAGGCCAGGGUGCUUUCGGUAGAGUGUUUCAAGCAAAAGCGCCCGGUCUAAUUCCAGGGGAGGAAUUCACAAACGUCGCUGUUAAAAUGCUUAAAGACGAAGCAUCGGAGGAUCUGCUCAAAGAUUUUGAACGAGAAGCGUGUCUACUUGCCGAAUUUGAUCAUCCGAAUAUCGUUAAACUAUUAGGUGUAUGUGCGUUAGGUCGACCAAUGUGUCUUCUGUUUGAGUACAUGGGUCGCGGUGACUUGAACGAAUUUCUCCGAUCUUGUUCACCUGGUAAUUACAUCAUUCGAAGCUUGGAAAGGAACGAACACUUCACGGACUCGCGUUUGUCGCACAUGGACUUAAUUAAUAUCGCAUUGCAAGUAGCAUCCGGAAUGGUAUAUUUAUCGGAUCGUAAAUUCGUCCACCGAGAUCUUGCAACGAGAAACUGUUUGAUAAAUGAUCAAAUGAUCGUGAAGAUAGCAGACUUCGGGUUGUCACAGAAAAUCUAUUUGCAAGAUUAUUAUAAAGGUGACGAACAAGACGCUAUACCAGUUAGGUGGAUGCCUCUGGAGAGUAUAUUAUAUAACAAGUACACUGUCGAGUCUGAUGUAUGGGCAUUUGCGGUGUGCUUAUGGGAAAUAUUUAGCUUCGCGCUGCAGCCUUAUUACGGGAUGACGCACGAGGAAGUUGUAAAAUACAUUAAAGAAGGCAAUGUCCUUCAAUGCCCUGAAAACACACCGCAAGCUAUAUACGAUCUGAUGAAACUUUGUUGGAACAGGAGACCAUCAGACAGACCUGCUUUCAGAACAAUUUACAAUACUCUCGACACCAUAAAGCAUAAUUUAGAAGCGGAAAAUAAGUCGGACAGUGUACCAUUACGCAUUCACGUUUGAGUCUGAUAAUUAUUAGUAGAAGAGUUAUGCAUUUUUUCUUUAUCAUUUCAAAUGGAAACAUAUUUAUAUAUAUAAAUAUAUUUGUUUUAAUUCUUUUACUUAGUUUAUAUGUAAUUGCUUGUAAAUAUGUAUAUUCCAUUGAGUUCGUGAUUUUUUUUAUGUAGACAAUUAUUAAAAAAUCUCUUUGGAAUUAUUUAUGGAUUGAAGACUGGUAUAUAAUGUAAUCAGUUUUACACGCAUACGAAACUUGUAUAUUGCGUUUAUAUUUUCUCUAUUGUCCAUUCAGUCAACGAAUUUUACAACAAUAUAACAUAUUACUAAUUCUCAGUAAAAGUGAUAAAGAUAAAACAUAACGAUUCAAAGAUUUCAGUGGUAAUGCAGUAUCAACAGAGUGUUUAUUAUACGAGUGACAAGACUACAGAACUCAAUGUGUAAAGCAAAUGAUAGAUGAAAUUGUGUGUAGUUAAUAUUGGUAAACAAUCAGUUUAUUUAUUCUGAUGGAUAAAUUGUAAAGGGAGAUGGCAUUGCUAUUACACAUUUAUACAGUAUUCUCAUUAAUUCUUUUAACGCAACAUGCUUUUCAAAAAUCGUAUGUAUGUACAUAAUAUUUAUUUCUUUACUCUUACAAGGUGAAAUAUAUGUGAAAUUUUAUAUACCAUACAAAUUAAAAGACAUGGUUAAACAUUUCAGCUUUGUUGUAUAAAGGAUGUUGAGUAUUUAUUUGUAGAGAAUUGUUUUGGUUCUCUGCAAUCAAGAAUACAAGUAUUUACAUAAAUUCUACAAACUUGUUAUUCCUAUCAUUAUAUACAAUCGCAAAGACUGAUAAUGCAUUUUUUAAUUGAAAUAAGUUUGUACUUGUAUAAUUUAUAAUUUUUCUAAUGAAUCGUUCUAUUGACACGAAAUACUCUUCCUUAUGUUUGACUUUAUUUGUAUGUUAUUUUUGUGUAAUACUAAACCAAUGUUUGGUUGUACUAGUUGACCUGAUCAUAAUUGUAUACAUAUAUCUAAAUAUUUAUAUGUGUAAGCGUACGUAUUACCGAUUAUAUUUGCUGCAUUUUUUUACUUCAAAACAGGAAUAUAUUAACCAACACAUACUAUAUUACAGAAGGCAAACAAACUUUCCUAUAUAUAAAGCAGCAAAUAAUAAUGUUUCUCUAAAGCCUAAGGCAGAUAAUACUGAAAUUAUACAAGUAUAUGUAAACAAUUUGGCUAUACAAAAAAAUGGGUUUAUAUUUAGCGACGUUACACGUAACUUAACCUUGAUUGUUAGAUGUUAGAUCGUUGCUGUACCAAAAACAUAGCCUAUUUAAUGUAUGAAGAAUAUCAAUGAAAAACUAUUAUGACGAAUGUUACAGUAAAAAAAAAAAGAACCAUUAAGUGAGCGUAUAAUGUGCAACUGUUAUACAUAAGGUUUGAAAGUAAAAUAAUUAUCGUGCUGUAAACAAUAUUUAAAUGAAUGUUUUAAUUGUAACAUAGCAUUGAUUUAAAAUAUUAUAUGUUCUAUAGGAUAUACAGUAUAACUAAACGCAUUUUCCUAUAAUAUAGUUUUGAUAGAUCUUUCCAUAAAAAUAUCAUGACUGAAAAGAAAUUCAGUUUUAACUUUUCUAAUAAUUAUACUUAACUUUUAUUCCCAUUAUAUGAUACGAUUUGGUAUUUUUUUUUAAAUGAUAUUAAAACUUGCUUCUAAUUAUGUCUCUUUGUCACUGCAUCUGCAUUCCAAUAAAUAUGUCAUUCAUCAGCAUUUUCGUAACAAUCUCUAUGUGUUAUACACAAUGUAUUCAUUUAUGAAUGUUGUAUCCUAUUCUUAAGUACAUAGAUAAGUAUAGCUAAUGUAUGUCAUCGUCUAUUUGAUUUUUAAAGCCAUCUACUGAACAUGCAUUGCAAUAGGCACACGAAUGUCUUAUGUUCCAGUCUAAUCUUGGUUGAGCAUUAACAAAUAUUAUAUACUACAUGCAAAACAAAUGUGAAUGCAAUAUCCAAAUGCUCUUCCAUAAACUUUUUUAUAUAAGACUUUUAUAUCGUGAAAGAGAAGAAGAACUUUUACCAAGUUUGUGCUCUUACAUCUGUGUACUUGUAUCCUGUAUAAGUAGUGUUGUACGUGAUAUAUUACGAUAAUACGUACGUAAUACGUAUUGUCCAUGACCAAGAAAGAAACUUCUGGUAUUAAGUAUAUAAUUCGUUGAGUUCAAAUAUGUUAUUGACAAUGUAGACUCUAUUCUGAAUUUUAUAUACUUACAACAAACUAUAAUCUAGCCUGUCACUAAAAAGAACAUCGAGAUUCCUCGAUAGUCUAUUUUGAAUUCAAAAUGAAAUGCGCAAGUACUGAAGUAAAAUUUUAAAAAGUAAAUAAUAAUCGAAAAAUUUCGAUGUCUAAUUUUAUAUGUUGUCUUUUAUUUUACUAUAAAGAAUCAUAUUCAAAUAAAAAUUAGAAAAAAAUGACAUACUUUAUUACUAUAAGUAUCGAGGAAUUAUCAAUGAAAUACUAC